CAAAAGUACAAAAAAUCGGCUGUGAUCUGUUCAAGUCAAAGUACAAAACAGCCAAACUUAUUUAUAUUUUUGAAAGUAUUUUAUGUUUUUUAUGUGGAUGAAAUAGUUUGACUUGGAAAUGCAUAAUUUUGUACGAUUUUUAAGGCCAGUUUCAAGAAGUCCACGUCUCGAAUUAUCGAGAAUUCAGGUAAAAUGGCGAGAAUUUUUCCAACCUAUAAACUGGUUUAUAGCUAUGUCAAGCAAUAUAAUUUCUUAUAUCUUAUGUUCAUGAGCAAAUGCGUAUGGUAUAUUAUUAGAGCCAUGUUAAACUAUAGGAAAAACAUCUAAGAUUUUAUCAAUAGGAAAUUAAUAUUUUCUUUUUGUUUAAUUUAAGUCCAUCAUUUGUAAACAGGAAAAUAUAUAAAAAUACAUGCAGUAAAAAAAUUUUUGGAUCAUGAAAAAUAGUAAGUUAUAUUCAUCCAACACCAGACCUUUAAGUUCUAUGGCUAUUGAUCUGACAUAGUAUUAUGCAUGUGCACAUGCAAUAUUCACGUUUUUAUGGACAAUAAAUGUUUAUGAACCUGUCGCGCACUCUAAUUACCCCUAUUCUGACCCUAACCUGUUCUUAUCCUAACCGUUCUGGCCACUCGUUUGCAGGUAGAAGAACUCUAAAGGCCUGAUUCCACGGGCGCUUUUUCUUGGCGAAAUGCGAAAUAUUUCGCCUGUUUCUUUUGAAUUGCGACCACUCGAAUAAAUUAUUUCUACUUGAUUGCCCACAAUUCAAAAGAAACAGGCGAAAUAUUUCGCAUUUUGCCGAGAAAAAGCGCCCGUGGAAUCAGGCCUUAAUACACAUACACUUGAAAUUCCACUCUGGGAUUUGAUCCGGGUGAUAGCGCAUGCAAAGGCAACUGCCUUAACCACUUGGCUACUGAGGAAUUGCUUGAAAUCAACUGGUGUCAUUUUAGCAUGUUUAAAGAAUGAGGAAAACACUUUUGUCAGAUCUAUAGCCAUGUAACUUAGGUUCCGGUGACAGAACAAUAACCACAGCAUAACUAUUAUAAAAUUGUCAUUCUUUUAUUUUCUGUUUUCAACUUUAUCGUAGUAACCUCAUGGUAACCUCAUGGUUGCAACUUCGUUGCUCGCGACUUUGUCGCUCGUCCGAGGUUGACUUGUUAGCAAGUCUACUGUCUGCCGUGCGUAAACACCUCACCAGCAGUACUAUAUAAUAUUGAUAAUGUGUUAGACUUGCUAACAAGUCAACCUCGGACGAGCAACAAAGUCGCAAGAUGAAGGACUUUGCAAAAGUCUAGGCAGACAGUAAAAACCAAGUAACAGGUUAUCAAUAUUUCAGAGUGGUAACUGGGUAACAUAUUACUGCACAUACCUGAAUGAUAACCUGAUGCAGUGGGUAUAUCUGCCACAAUGAGCAGCAAAUAUGCUACAUUUUAUUUCAAAAAACGUUCUCUUAUGAAUGUGGGAGCAAAUGUACUGCACAUACUCAGACUAUCCAUGGACAUUCACACAAUACCGGACAAAUUCAAGACUGUAUUCAAAUUUGUCCAGUUCAAUUUUUCAUAUGGGAAAUCAUAUUAUUCAUAUGAUUAGUCUUGUUCGGUCGAUCUACGAUUGUCCUGUGUUCACACACAAAGUGAAUGGAACCUCAGUAAGGCUGAUUCUGUCCCACAAGCAUUAAGCCAAUAUUUUGUAACAAAAUAUGUUUACCGAUGAACUAUGUAUUUUAACCCAUUGAGUGGCAGCACUCUCCCCCUGACAAGUAAAAUUGUCUGGUGUUAGACAGAGUAAAGUGAUCUGGCAUUAGACAGUGAGAGUAAAAUAAUACAAUCUGGGUGGGCAGAUGGUCUGAUUAACCCCUUGAGUGGCAGCACUCUCCCCCUGACAAGUAAGUAAAAUCAUCUGGCAUUAGAGUAAAAUAAUCUGGUAUUAGAGUAAAAUAAUUCAUUGCACAAACUAUGUAAUUGUGUCAACGUCUCAACGAGUUAAGGCAUUGGCAGAUAGUAUGGUUUAUCCAUUUAAUAUUUUCCCACAGCAAGUAAAAAAUCAUCUGGCAAUUUAGCUAUGAGAGCAAAGUAAAUUAUGCCUGGCCAAUGGUGCACCUUACAAGGCAAUGGUUUGUUUUUAACAAAAUCUGGCUGAAUUCCAUAGCAAUUUCAUUUAGGUCCGACAUCUUCCACUAUGUGUUACACCACUCAGUGAGCCACUCGAAAAUCUUGAAGUUGAAGAGCCUAAAACUAUCUCCUAUUCAUCUGAUGUUCAGGUACAGUAUUAAUAUAACGAGUCAUUCCAGAAAAUGUCCAUACCUCCCCAAUGGAGGUUAACCCCUAUCCUCUGGACUCCUUCAGACUUCCCGGUGCAUGUUAUUACCAGAAGUAAUUUUUUACCUGUCACUCCAAACUGCAAGAAUUUCCUCCGUAGGUAGAGUGUGGAUAUCUUUUGGAAUGACUCAAUGACCCAAUAUUAUAAUGUGAUGAUAUUUUGAGUAUAGCUGGUCCAGUGUAUAGGUCGUCUGGUCAAACCUUUCCAUAGAAACACACCUCUCUAUUAUAGAGUACAUGUUUCAUUGUCUUGAAUGCAUAUUAAUUCUCACAAUUCUCUCUUCAUAUUAUUUUGAAAUAUGUUUAGGUGACAACGUUAAGUAAUGGUCUAAAAGUGGCAUCGGUCGACAGCGCAAGCCCCACAUCGAGAAUUGGAUUAUUUUUUAAAUCUGGAAGUCGAUACGAGACCUUCCAGAAUAGUGGCAUAUCACACAUUUUGAGAUGUGGUGCUUUCCUGGUAUGUACAGUAUAAUGAUGAAAUAUAGAGCUAAGGCAGUCAACAUUUUAGUUACUAUGGACGUUACAGAUGUAAAAGCAAGUUCUAAAACUAAAAGACGACAGGCCAUUUGGAUUCUUGAAAACUACAAGUAAAACUUCGACACUUAGAGCGAAACGUCAAAAUCUUGCUUGAAUUUUUCAGGUAGCUGAAUCCCUUAUUACUCAAUUCUCAUGCAUAUAAGCAUUUAUAUAAAAAAAUUACAAAAAGAAAAGAAAACCCCAGUUAUUUCUUUUUUGGCCUCAUGAAAGGUCAGGUAGUAGUGGUAAGUAUAAAAUUGAGUUGAUCAUGCGCUAGUAAUGUAAUGAUCUAAUAUCUACUAUUUUAGACCACAUCAGAUCAUACAGGUUUCCACAUCUCUCGAACAAUGGAAGAAAACGGCAUAGAUUUAGAGUAAGACAUCAAUAAAUUGCAUAUUAUGAACAACAAUUCCCAGCAUGUAGAUGAGGAUUAAAUACAUGCUCAGUUCAAUUUAUCUGUACUAGUUGUGCAACUUUAUUCAAGUGUUCCUAAUUUGCUUUUCAGGGCAUCAUCUACAAGAGAACAUCUUAUAUAUUCAGCUCAAUGUUUGAAAGAUGAUGUGUGAGUGUGGCAAUAUAUGUACAAGAAAUUACGGGAACCACUGAGUAUUUUAAUAAAAUAUAAAACAACGGUAACUCCGAAAAUAAACAUUUUCAACUAAGAUUAUCUAUGAUAAUCAUGAUUAUCUGUGAUUACCUAUGAUUAUAUAUGAAUAUCAUAGAUUAUCUAUGAUCAUCAUUAUGAUGACUGAAUCUUAGUCGAAAGCUAGAAUAUUAAAGUGUUUAUUUUCGGAGUUACUAUAAUAGUAAAUUUAAGGCCUUUGUUUAUAUAUAGCAGGGCGAUCUCAAUUAGAUUUGAUUUCAAACUAGAAUUUUAACGACACUAUAAAUGAAAAAAAAAGAAAUCAUUGAUCUGUAUCCCACUUUAUGUCUGUCAGUGUCUAAGAUAAUUUUGAUUUUGUCUAAGAUGUUAGGGGAGACUCUUGUGGUGUUAAUUAUUCAUUUACAUAUGUUUAUUGAUAUAUCAAUUGAUCUUAUUAGGAGUCUUGUUAUUCCGUAUCUUGCAAGUGUGGCCCGAGCUCCUGAAUUUCGACAGUGGGAGGUAAUGCUUACACUUUGCACAAUUCACAUCACCCAAAAAUAAUGUGUUGUCAUGUGUAUUUUGGUAUGAUGAAUGCUAGGGAAUGAUGAAUAUAACGAUAUGAUUACAGCUGUACACAGUAUAAUCCAGUUUCUCCCUUGUAGCUUGAAGAUAUUGUAGAAAACAUUGAAUUAGACCUGGCUAUGGCUAAGACUAAUCCACAAAUAGGUACUGUAUUUUUCACUUUGCUACCUCACAAUGCGAUGAUUCGAGAUUGUUAGUCAUACCUGACUGCUACUCCAAUGGUUAUUGCUACGUGCUCAAGCUGGUAAAACCGUAUUGGCUGAAAAAAAGAAAUACCAGACCGUAGUAUGGGCGUGCCUCUGAUAUUCUGUAUUUUUGUUAUUUUAAAUUCAUUUGAUAAACGUCAACGGGGAUUAUGUCAGCAAGGCCGGAUUUUGGUGGAAAUAGUGGGUGAGGUGGAAAAAUAUUUAGGGGAGGUGCAGCGGUCUAGCUCACGGACCCCCAUGGAAUGUUAGGGCUUAGAACGGGCGAAAGUCAACGACGUGACGUAUGCAUCAUGUAGUGUACAAAUGUAUCAAUGUAGGAGGCUAUUAAUGAAUGAGGACUGUACAACUCAUCCAAUUUUGCCCUUCGUUUCAAUUACUACGAAGUUUUUUUCAAAACAUUGCAUUAAAAGGGUACUUGACACAGAGAUGAAUGGCUAUCACUGUUUCAAUUUUACAGAAAAACUUUCUUACGAAGUGUCGACCCUAAGCAACCAAAAAUUUCAAAUUUUCACUUCGACCUAUCAUUGAAACUUUCCCAAAUCCGACCUUGGAUUAUGUUUUGUGUCUAAACCACAUUGUUCUGCUUGCAGGAUUAAUUGAAGAACUACACAAAGUCGCAUAUAGGUGAGUGCUAAUUAUACCAAUAUAUAUACUGUAGCACUAUGUGUAUGGUACAGUACUAUCUGGAACGUAUAAUAGUUUUGUUUGUGGAAACACCACGUAUAUUUAUUAGUGCAAAACUUUCGAUCCGUAAGCCCGGAUCUUCAUCAGUGCUAAUAAUAUCACUGAUGAAGAUCCGGGCUUAUGGAUCGAAAGCUUUGCAGUAAUAAAUUUACGUGGUGUUUCCACAAACAAAACUAUUAUAUGUUUUAUCGCCAUGCAAACAUACAAAGAACUUAUCUGGAACGUGUUUUUGAUUGCGUUCCAUGCAUGUACCAUAAGAGCACGUUUCGGAUGCGUUUGGAACGUGUACACAAUAUUUCUUUUCGUUUUCAGAAAUGGAUUAAGAAACUCGAUCUACUGCAAACCUUACAAAGCCAAUAAAUUUACAACUGAAAUGGUAAGAGUAAAGAUGUCUUCCUAUACGACGCUGCAUGUUGUACACUUCGUAUGAAGCACCGAUCAAAUGAGAGUUGUGCAACACUCAUCGACAUCAAAUCUUAUCAAAUUUGAGCUGUUUCAAAUUUUGAUUGGAGUUGAUGAGAAUUGACGAGAGUUUUUGCUAGUGCGUUUGAAUAGUAAUCUAUACUAUAGGCAACUCUCAUGCAAUUCUCGUUUGACCGGGGUAUGAGAGUUGAGAAAACUCUCGUGCAAACUCUCGCUUCUCAACUCUCAUCAACUGUCAAUUUGUUUUUGCAGCUCUUAAAUUUUGUCAAAGACUCGUUUGUUGGCAACCGGAUGGCUUUGGUUGGUGUGGGUAAGAAGUUAAGAAUAAUUUCCUGAAGAAUUAUUUGAAAGGUGUAUUUCACAUAUACAUCGACAUUGUAUCUUGUAUUUUCUUCAAUACCAGGUGUGCCUCACGAAAGUUUAGUUGGUUUAUGUGAAUCUCAUUUCUCUGCAAUCCCGGCUGGAAAUGCUGUUGUUAACGAAAAGCCAAAUUAUACUGGAGGUAAUACUGUAGAGUAUUGCAGAAUUUGUCAUCUUCUUCGCUCAAGGCAGCUCAAAUUGCUACAUCGAAAACCGGUCAAGUAAACUAUUUAUUUUUAAAAUUUAUUAACAGGUGAAGUUCAUUGUGAACAAUCAGAUGGCCUCGUUCAUAUUGCUCUUGCAUCGGAAGGCGCAAGGUAGGUUUAGUUUAGAUUUCUUCUUCUACAGGAACAUCCCAUGUUAGUGCAGGAGGAAACCUAAACUAAAGUCUUUCAGCUUUAAUUGUCCCCCGUAGAGGUUCACACUCGAUUAGCACCAAUCCUGCAUGGCUCUUUUCAUAGUUCUAUUAUCCGGUAACCGAAUAUUGCAGGAAUUAAACACAGCCACAGGUCACAGAAUUGUACCACUUACUGAAAUUAAGUAUAUUUCUGAUUCUUUAGCACCAGUGACAAGAAUUACCUUGCGUUUGGUGUUUUACAAGUAAGACAAAGCCUUCUCACUACUCUACCUUUUAAUAGUGUAAAUUUUACCUUUAUUAAUCAAGCGUUUCAAAUUUGUGAAAUCAGUUUAUCAUCAAAUCAAAAUAUGUUUUUCCUGCAGCGAGUUCUUGGUGUAACACCAUUUAUCAAAUGGGGAAGUAAUACCACAUCAUCAAGGUAAUAUGACAUUCUCAACAACACUUUCGAAAUAUUACGAACACACUCGAAGUAACUUAGUAGCAUCAUCUCAAAUAUUUCCAAUGUUCAAUUGUUCUCUUAGGAUAAAUAAGGCGGCGCAAGGAGUGACAGAUGGGCCAUUUAUGGUAAGCAAAACCGAGUACAAUCAUUAGGUAUAUAUUAUGAAAACAACCCACCAUGGGCGGAUUUACUGGGGUGGGGGGUUAAACCAGGGAUGGAUUUGCUGGGGGGGGGUACACCCCCCCAGCCCUGGCCAGAGGGGGUGCUAUUUUUCAUGAUAAAGCAAAAAAUUAUUAGAGACAAAAUGAGAUACAGUAAUUUGAGUAAUAACAUGAUGAUAAGCAAACUGUGAACAAAAAUUACAAUUCAAAGUGUCCAACCCAAAAUUAAAGGUCGCUUCACCCCUCCUAUUUUGUGCGAGUCUUUAACCGUAAUGCCUAACCCCUGCCGAAGUUAGCUCAUAUGUCUUGAACCCCACUAGAAAUUUUUCCACCCCUCCUUUAAAAAAACCUAUCUAUUUCAACUUCAGGGAUCAACAUUAAACAUCAACUAUUCAGAUUCUGGUUUGUUUGGUUUCUAUACGGCAGCUAGCCCUAAGGAUGCAGGCAAGGUAUAUGAAUGAGGCGUAGUAUACUAAACAGUUACGGCUACUAUGGCCUGGUUUACACUGUCAAAGUUUCUGUGAUCACAGUAGGAAUUUUGCAUAGGUAAAUUCUAAGUUUUGAAGGAUUUAUAAGAAAUGUUUGAGGGAACUGACUCAGUGUUUAUAGUUCCGUCAAACAUUUUUCCAAAUCCUUCAAAACUUAGAAUUUACUGAUGCAAAAUUCCUACUGUGAUCACAGAAGUGUAAGUGAUAGUGUGAACCAGCUUAAAGCUGGAGUAAUACGAGCAACAAAAUUGCUGCAACUUGCAACAAAAUCUGAUUUCUACGCAUGUUAUUGAAAAUAUUUAUACACAUACAUUACAAAUCACAGGGCAACAUGUAUCGACAUUUCUACUAACAUGCGUUGAAAUCAGAUUUUGUUGCAAGUUGCAGCAAUUUUGUUGCUCGUAUUACUCCAGCUUUAACAAACCAAGUGUGGCUACAUGUUUCUUGUACAUUUCACUGGACUAUAAUUUUUCUCCACAGGUUACACGUGCUAUUGUGGAUCAGUUUGGUAAAGUAUCCAAAGGCGAUGUCACGAAAGAAGAGGUCGAACGAGCUAAGUACGUUGUUGGACUGACUGUAUGUAGAUUUAUGAGGUAGAAUGUAUCCCAGUAAUACGUUUUUCUUUGUCUACCAGAAAUCAACUAAAAUCCAGCAUACAAAUGUCAGGCGAGAGCUAUGUUGACCGAAUUGAAGACAUUGGCACACAGGUUUGAGGGCAGAUCUUACAGGCCUUUUUACAGACUGGAGAUCUUAUUCUGCCCACUCAGUCGAUGUAGUGACGUCACACCGAGCUUCUGAACCUAACCCUAACCCGAACGUUUCCGACAAAUCUUCGGUGUGAAGUCACUACAUCAACUAAGCGCAGACUAGUUUUUCCCUUUUAUACAGACUGCAUUGGCAGUCUGGCAUAUCGACUGUUGUACUCAAUUUAUGACGUCAUUUUAGGUUUUAAUUAGUGGGACAUAUACCUCACCGGACUCGUGUGCUCAGUCAGUGGAUAAAAUCACAUCUGAAGAUGUUGUCGAUGUAAGUGUGUGUACACAGUGUUUAUAUAUUGAACUAGGACACAGAACUAUUUGACCAAAGUAUGACCCUAAAACUGCGUUACGCCUGGUUUACAAGAAAUGAUCGAUGGAACUGAACUAAUGUUAAACAAUGAGUCAGUUUCCUCAAACAUUUCUUACAAAUCCUUCAGAACAUAGAAUUUACCCAUGCAAAAUUCCUACUGUGAUCACAGAAACUUCGAGUGUGAACCAGCCGGCUUUACACCACGGACGUUUCUGUGAUCACAGUGGCUACAAUUCUACAAAUCAAACAUAUAGACACGGUAUAGAGACCACAGGGAAGUCCGACUCAGUCAAAAAGGCGUCGCCAUGUUCCUAGCCAUCGCUUACGAGAGGCCACCCCCUCUCCCCAAAUCAUAGGCGCCGACAGGAAAUCGUGACUUCUGUGUGGUCUCUGUUCUGUGGUAUGGACGUGAAAUGUUUAAGGUCCAUUUCAACUCAAGGCAAUUUCAGCGGAAAGAAAAAUUUUCAAAAUGUGUGAUUGGCAGACACAAAUUUUCGGUCGGAAAAAAUUUUGAAGUUGCAAAUUUUCAACUUUUAACAAUGACAUUUUCGGAACAUUUUCUGUCCGUGGAAAUUUUUCUUGAGUGGAAAUGGACCUUCAGAUUCGAACGAGACAAGCAACAUGAAUACACCAUUCUCAUACCGAGAGCCCGUCUUCCGCACAGCGCUUUGGGUACGAGAAUGAUACCACACAAAUAUCUUGCAUUUUUUUUUCAGGCUGCUAAACAGAUUUUUGCGAAGAAAGCAAGUCUGGUUGUACUGGGUGAAAGUGACUCGUUACCGCAUCUUGAUGAACUAUUAUAAUGCUCGAAAUAAUUUCACUUGAAUAUUGUCGGCGAGAAGAAAAGUUGUUUAUGAAAAAUUUGUUAAAUAAAGUUUUAAUCUGAAACGUUCACGGUUCAACUUAUGCUUUAAUACAGCCCUGAAGGCUCCUUUCCACUCGUCCUAAACGCAAGCUCGCUGCUUC